AUGAAAUUCCACAACAAAGAGGUGCUCAAUGACACGUGGACGCAGUUUUUUGCGCUAUGUUUGCUACUUAUGUUAGCCGUUGACUCACUCAACCCCAUUAAGGCUGUGAGCAAGUUUUUAGGUAUACCAUCUUACUACUGGGGUCUUCCAGCUGUCGGUAUAAUGUUGGGUCUACUCUUCCAUAAUGCUGCCGAUGUCACAUAUCGCUCCACCCGUGUCUUUCUUAAUAGUAUCCUGAGUAUUGUAUUUAAAAGUGUUGAUCUUAUUGGCUUAGAUAAUGUCCCUACCGAAGGUCCAGUUAUCUUUACUGGUAAUCAUGCCAACCAAUUUGUUGAUGGUCUCGUGGUUGUGAUGACAAGUCCUCGCAAAGUAGGUUUUAUGAUUGCUGAAAAGUCUUGGCAUAUGCCUAUAGUUGGCCAUCUGGCUCGUAUUAUGGGCUGCAUUCCAGUAGUACGUCCUCAGGACUCGGUGGUUUCUGGUGUAGGCUGUGUAAGGCUUACUAGUAAGGAAGCUGUGACACUUGCGAGCUCGUCUUGUGGUGGUGCCAACAACAGCAGUCCCCAAUGGAUUUUACAGGGUGAGCAUACAAGUUUCACAAAGCAGGUGACACCUGGUGACCAGAUUCGCUAUCAAGGAGAGAGUGUGAAAGGCUCUGGUCAACCUGUUAAAAUCAUACAGGUACUCGAUGAUUCCAAAUUACUAUUAAGUGCACCGUUAAAAGACGGCAAUGGGAAUUUCGUGCUUCAAAAUGCACCAUUUGGUAUCCUCAAACGAGUUGACCAGUCAGUAACGUUUGCCAAGGUGUAUACUCACUUAAAGCGUGGAAAUUGUAUUGGCAUUUUUCCAGAAGGAGGCUCGCAUGACCGUACAGAUUUGUUGCCCCUUAAAGCUGGUGUUGCUAUUAUGGCACUUGGUGUCAAAGAUAAGUAUAAUAUCAAUGUACCAGUCGUGCCAGUGGGUUUGAAUUACUUUCGUGGUCAUCGCUUUCGUGGCCGCGUGACGGUUGAGUUUGGUACACCGAUAAGUGUAGACCAAACUUUGAUGGAACAAUACAACAAAGAUAAACGUAUAGCUUGUAAUACGUUUUUACAUCGUGUAGAAGAGAGUAUGCGUUCAGUGAUUGUAACGACACCAACGUAUGGGGUCAUGCAGCAAGUUUUGACUGCGCGUCGUCUUUUUCAGCGAUCGGGUGUACGUCUAUCAGCCAAGGAGACACAAGACUUAAAUCGACGCUUUGCGGAAGGAUACAAAGUGCUACAAGAUGUACCUGAGGCGCAGGAAGAUCUUUUAGCUCUGCAACAGAAGUUGGACAAUUACAACAAGACAUUACAAAUGAUGGGAUUACAGGAUCAUCAAGUUCCUUACAUCCCGUGGUGGACCAUUCAUGACGUGCUGGGCUCAGCACUGUACGGAAUGCUCAUUCUUCUGCUUGCUUCAAUUCCGUCUUUCAUUCUUAAUGCACCUGUGGGUCUUCUAGCUCGAUAUGUCGCAAACAUGGCUCAAAAAAAAGCACUUGAAGGCUCCAAGGUUAAAGUCAUGGCUCGUGACGUUCUUCUUAGUAAGAAGAUUCAAUUUUCAAUUGUGGCUGUACCUACUCUGUGGUUCCUUUACUUCAUUGCGGCUGUGGUCUUCACAGACUGGUACUGGUCAUCAAUAAUGCUGCUUAUGGUAUCCUUUCCGCUUUUCUCAUUCUUCGGUGUACGUUCGGUUGAGGCUGGUAUGAUUGAGCUUAAGACCGUUCGUCCGCUUUUUUAUCGUCUUCUACCGACGUACAAAGCAACACAGGACGAACUCCCUCGUCAACGCGCGGUGCUGCAAAAAGAAGUUCGUGAAUUCGUCAGGAAAUAUGCACAAUAUGUCGGCAAAUUGGCUGAGCCGAAAAAACUUGACUGGAACGCAUAUAUGCGCGAGCGCACUUUACUGCUCGAGAGCAAAGCCAAAGCUCAAGCCGAGAUCAUACCAUCUUCGGCGAAUGUGAACGAGAAGACUGUGGAGGAGCCACGUGUAGGUGAGCCUGAGGGCGGCAUGCGCUCUCCGGUGCCCACAAUUACAAAAUUUCACGACAUUAGUAUUCUCGGCAAGUCACUGAAGUCAGUGGCUGACUUGGCAGGUCUAGAACGGUCCAUGUCGUGUCCACCAGGGUACCAGUUGGCUGAGGAAGUGGCUAAACAGCGCCAAGACUCAGCUUAA